AUGAUAGGAGACACAAUGACGCUGUUGUCUCUCUUGGGUCGAAUCAUGCGUUAUUUCCUCCUCAGGCCGGAGACACUGUUUCUGUUGUGCAUAAGCCUGGCGCUGUGGAGUUAUUUCUUUCACACCGACGAGGUGAAAACCAUCGUCAAGUCCAGCCGGGAUGCCGUGAAGAUGGUGAAGGGGAAGGUGGCGGAGAUGAUGCAGAACGACCGCCUCGGCGGCCUCAGCGUGCUGGACGCGGAGUUCUCCAAGACCUGGGAGUUCAAGAACAACAACGUGGCCGUUUACUCCAUACAAGGGCGGCGGGAUCACAUGGAGGACCGCUUCGAGGUGCUCACCGACAUCGCCAACAAGAGCCACCCGUCCAUAUUUGGGAUAUUUGACGGUCACGGUGGAGAGGCUGCAGCUGACUAUGUGAAAGCCCACCUGCCAGACUCCCUCAAGCAGCAGCUGCAGGCCUUUGAGAGAGAGAAGCGAGAGGGCGCUCUGUCCUACGCCAGCAUCCUGGAACAGCGCAUCCUGUCCGUGGACCGCGACAUGCUGGACAAGCUCUCCGCCAACCACGAUGAAGCAGGCACGACCUGUCUGGUCGCCCUGUUAUCGGACAGAGAGCUGACGGUGGCCAAUGUCGGGGACUCGCGUGGCGUUUUGUGUGACAAAGAUGGCAACGCUGUCGCGUUGUCGCACGACCACAAGCCGUAUCAGCUUAAAGAGCGCAAGAGGAUCAAGAGGGCUGGAGGGUUCAUCAGUUUUAACGGAUCCUGGAGAGUCCAGGGUAUCCUGGCCAUGUCCCGUUCGCUAGGCGACUACCCACUGAAGAACCUCAACGUAGUCAUCCCCGACCCUGACAUCAUGACCUUCGACCUCGACAAACUCCAGCCGGAGUUUAUGAUCCUGGCAUCGGACGGUCUGUGGGACGCCUUCAGCAACGAAGAGGCGGUGAGGUUUGUCCGCGAGCGUCUCGACGAGCCGCACUACGGCGCCAAGAGCAUCGUCCUCCAGUCCUUCUACCGCGGCUGCCCCGAUAACAUAACCGUCAUGGUGGUGAAGUUCAAGAGUGGGGCAGGGGGGAGCAGCAAGGCAGGGGAGUAGACCGGAGUGAAGGCGAGAGCUCACACAGGGAUCGUUGGUACUUUCUGCAGCGGUAGAGAUGCUGUCUCCCUCUACUGGACGGAGCGGCGAACAGCAAGUCGAACACCACGAGAGCAUUGGAAAUUGCAGAAGACCGGACACUGAGUGCUCUCUUAUGGAUGCUCUGACAAACGA